CAGCCACGUCACUUUGCUCCACGAUGGCGCUCAAGUCCGUGGCGCUCGCGCUCGGCGCGACAGUCGUGGGAUGGAUCGGAUACCUCACCUUUGGGCGCGGGCAGCCCGUCGUGCUCUUCUCAUGGCACCCCAUCACGUUGGUCGCUGCGUAUGUCCUUGCAACUCCUUCCGCCCUCCUUGCGAUGAGCGAUCGCCGCGUUGAAUCGAACCACGCGAAACGGACAUCGCUUGUGCAGUGGCACGCGUUCAUGCAGACCGUGUCUGUGGUCCUGGCCACCGUCGGGUUCAGCGCGAUUUACAUUAACAAGGACAACAACAACCGUCCGCAUUUCACCACGACGCAUUCGUGGGUCGGAUGUGCUGCCAUCACGCUCUACUACUUGAGCUUCGUCUUGGGCGCGCUAAAGACGUUUGGCAAGACAUGGAACUGGCAAUGGAAAGACGCCGCGCAUCGCAUCUUCGGCGUGAUCAACUUUGUCGUGUCUGGCGCUGCCGUGUCCCUUGGGCUUUACAGCGGUGGAUGGGGACGCGCCAAUCUGGGCGCCUCGGGCCAAGCCGUCGCCACGGGUCUCGUCGCGUUGUUGCAUGUAGUGGUCGUCGUCAAGCUCUCGUUGACGUGGAAUGCCGUGCCAGUCAAGAGCAACGAGUAAAUGCAGCGACGACUGGUGUGUAAAUGCAGAAUUGCACACGCCGAUGAACAAACUACUACAUGCUUUCGUCGCUGUCGAUGACGGCUGUCGGCACCGAGACGCCGUCGUGGCUCAUGGGCGUGAAGAAGAGCUGGACGCUCGUGAUGGCAUGCGUCGUGGGAUGCAGCGUUGGAAAGAUCUCGUGCUGGAAGUGCGUGUGCCGGAUGAAGUGUGGCGCCAUCGUCUCGAAUACAGUCCUAU